AUGGCGACGCUUUCGACCCUCAAGCCUGGAUACUACGGUGAAGGCAGCGUGCAGGUUGCACCCGCUGCUGGUCCUGGUCAAGGACCCGUGCUCCGGUGUGCCCUAUCCAAAGACGGUCUUCCCGAACGACCAAUAGACGGUAUCAACACGGUCUAUGACGUCCUCACCUAUGCCACACGAACACACGGUGGCCACAAAGCCAUGGGCUGGCGCAACAUCGUCGACACCAUCGAGGAGGAGAAGGAAGUCACCAAGGUGGUCGGAGGUGAACAAGUGAAAGAGAAGAAAAAGUGGAAGUACUUCCAGUUGAGCGAGUACCAGUACAUCAACUACAUCGAGCUGCAAGAAAUCGUGUCAGAGAUUGCGAGGGGGUUGCAUCAUUUGGGGAUUACGGAGAACGAUAUCUUCAACAUCUACGCGCAGACAAGUCCCACUUGGCAAUACAUGUCCCAUGGUUGUGGAUCAAUCUCGAUUCCCAUCGCUACUGCGUACGAUACGCUUGGCGAGGAGGGCCUUAUCCACUCUCUCAACGAGCCUGAAUGUAUUGGUGUGUUCACCAACGCCGAGCUCCUCCCCACCCUCAACCGCGUCCUCGCAAAGACACCGACCGUCAAAUACAUCAUCUACGAUGGCGAACCGUCAUCCGCCCUCCUCGAUAACCUCCGUUCCGUGCGCGACACCAUCCAAGUCUACAGUCUCACACAAUUACGCGAACUAGGACGCGACAAACCCGUCGAACCACUCGAAGCCCGUCGACCCAAACCCGAAACUAUCGCUUGCAUCAUGUACACUUCCGGUAGCACAGGAAACCCCAAGGGUGUCGUACUCAAGCACUCGAACCUCAUCGCCGGUGUAGGAGCAUUCAAGGUCCUCAUUGGCCAUCAUCUCGGUCGGGAAGACAGUAUCCUCGCCUACCUCCCACUCGCCCACGUCCUCGAGUACAUGGUUGAGCUCUGCUCGCUCUUCGCCGGGAUGACCAUUGGCUACGGGCGCGUCAAGACCCUUACCGAUGCCUCGGUGCGUCAUUGCAAGGGCGACAUCAGCGAAUUCAAACCUACACGGUUCGUCGGUGUACCAGCUGUCUGGGAGAACAUCCGCAAGGGUAUCCUCGCCAAAGUGGACACGGCUGGAGGAUUGAAGAAGGUGAUCUUCAAUGGAGCCUAUUGGGCGAAGAGCAACAAGAUUCCCAUCCUUUCUACGAUUGCGGAUAAGGUUGUAUUUGGAGGUGUGCGGGCUGCCACUGGUGGACGGAUCGCGUUCGCUUUGAGCGGAGGUGCGGCGAUUAGUCCUGAGACGCACGAGUUCCUGUCGACUGCGUUGGUGGACAUCUCGCAAGGUUAUGGCAUGACGGAGACUUGCGGCAUGAUCUCCCUUGUACCACCAGAGCUGAUGAGAUACAAGUCUGUUGGCAUCCCCUUCCCAUCCGUCGAGAUCAAGCUCCUCGACGUUCCUGAUGCUGGGUACUUUUCGACCAACGACCCGCCCCAGGGUGAAGUCUGCGUUCGAGGCCCGUCAGUCACAUCGGGCUACUACAAGCGGCCUGAUCUCAACAACGACGAGAGUAUAUUCAAGGGCGGGUGGCUGCGCACUGGCGACGUUGGUCAAUGGAAUCCGGAUGGUACUCUCACAUUGAUCGACCGGAUCAAGAAUUUAAUCAAGCUUGCUCAGGGCGAGUACAUCGCCCUCGAGCGCCUAGAAUCAAUCUACAAAUCCUGCAACCUCGUGGCAAACAUCUGCGUGCACGCCGUUCCCGCCGCGAACCAACCGAUGGGGAUCAUCAUCCCGCAAGAAGUCCACCUCCGCAACACCCUUGCUUCCCUCAACCUCGAUUCCACAUCCGACCUGUCAGUCCUUUGCGCAAAAGACGAAGUGCGCAAGCUGAUUUUGAAGGAGUGUAAUGCGGUGGGGAGGAGGAAUGGGUUUAAGCCGGUGGAGCUGCUGCAGGAUGUGGUGCUGACGGCGGAGGAGUGGACUCCGGAGAAUGGCCUUGUUACGGCUGCGCAGAAGAUUCAGAGGGUGAAGAUUGCGAAGACGUUCCAUGAGCAGAUUGAGGCUGUGUAUAAACACUGA